UCAGCGUCGUACCGCAAUAAUGACGUAAGUUCCUCCUGGUAGCGAAACAGCGUGAACUAAUUUAUUGUCAUCUAAGAUGAGUUUAUUUUUGCCCAAAUUAACUUGCAAAAAAGACAUAGAUGAGGUUAUCAAAGGCGUAGCGGAAAAAGUUUUAGUUUUAAGGUUUGGAAGAGACGAAGAUUCGGUUUGUCUCCAGUUGGAUGAGAUUCUGUCAAAAACUGCCCAUGACCUGAGUAACAUGGCGUCCAUCUACAUCGUUGAUGUGGAUAAAGCUCCCGUCUACACAAGAUACUUUGACAUCAGUUACAUCCCCUCCACUGUCUUCUUUUUCAACGGACAGCACAUGAAGGUGGAUUACGGAUCCCCGGACCACACUAAAUUUGUUGGCAGCUUCAAGACCAAGCAAGAUUUCAUGGAUCUAAUUGAGGUCAUAUACAGAGGAGCCAUGCGUGGGAAGAUGAUUGUCCAGAGUCCCAUUGACCCUCAAAAUAUUCCCAAAUAUGAUCUCCUCUACCAUGGAAUUUAGGAUCAGCUAAUGAUCAUAACUAUUUCCCACUGAGUGGCUUCAACCACUACUGGUUGAUUAACAAAAACAGCUUCGACUUUCAGGCACCAAGCAGCCUUCUGAAGAGGUUUUGUAUUUAUGUUAAAGCUGAAUGUCUCAGACUUUAAGUCUUUAGUGAAUAUGGUCCUUUUCCUAUCUGUGGCAAAUUUCAAACAAGACAACACAUUGCCCUGUACUUCUUGUCCCCUUAUUUAUUGUUCCCCAGGAGCAAUGUUUUUAUGCGUGGGUCACUGUUAUGUUAGUGGAUUAACAUUCUGCAGCUAUACUGAUUUUAUUUAUUUCUUGUGAAAAUGCAGUCAUUUUGAUGUUUCCCAUGGAAAGAGCUGUAUCCCAAUAGAGAGAUACAAUUAAUCUACGCAAUGUACAUGGUGUGUUUUUAUUAUUAAAAAAACUUUUAUAUUU